UGCAAAACAAAGAUGCACAAAUUGCAGAACAAAGAAGAGGUUGGAGCGAUAAGCGCAUCCAUGAACCAAUCAGAAGAUAAUGAAGAUUUCUUAGCUCCCACGGUCAGGGAGGUUCAGCAGGUGUUCGCCGAAGUACUAAGCCAUGGUGAAGAUGUAACCUGGGAUCUAUUACUCGCCAGUCAGGGAGAAAUACUAAAACGCAAGCUAAGAGCUUUACAUUUGAAUCGUGUGAAGUCUUAUUUUACGUCCUCGCUUUUUGAUUUGAUCUGGAAACAACGAAAAUUUACAAAUGGCCAGUCCCUAACAUCCUUGUUUUUUGUGAUGAUUGUGGAUAACGUCACCGACUCAAAACUGGCCGAGCAAAGCAGAUCCUGGGUCCUUCAUCCGGUUUUCCGUUGCCGGCGAUGCGUGGACAAUCAUGGUGAAAACAAUAGCAGUUUGGAGUGCUGCAUGGUUUACGUGAAUCAGUAUGACUGUUGUGAGGAUUGGGAUAAAUUUCUGAAAGAUUCGCAUUUGCCUCCUGGGUUCAUGGUAACCCCGCAACGUGGAGUCUACAGACUAAUUGAUGGUCAGGUUGAGCUAGGAACAUAUUAUAUUACUGGUGGGUUCAAUAACCCAUUGAGAAAUCAAUUUUCCACAAAUCUCUGCGUAACACCCGAGAUUCUGGCGAAAACUUCUAAAAAUUCUAUUGUCCACCUCAGUCAGGACUUAAAAAUACCAUUUUUCUGUAAAUUUAAAAAAACAGAAAAGAUGUCCGACCAGAUACUACAUCAGCUUUUGGUUCCUCGAGAUGGAAAACGAUUAACAGAUGUUAGCCCUCUUUCCGAUUCCUUAGUUUUAUUCACGCAGAGCGUGAAAAACUUAGAUCUUGCAUCGGCUAUGAUCAAGGAACAAAAUUGCCGAAGCCUUUUGGGAAAUCAACUUAAAAGCGUUUUCGACAAGCUCUCUGAGGAAGCCAAAAGUUUCAAGGGAGUAGUUGAUCUUGUACGGGGUGCCAGUGAACUCCCUUAUUUAGAUCACCUCGGCGAGAUUUUUAAAGCCGGUUCAAAAGGGCUUGAGAAAAAAGAACCAAAAGAAGUGAAUGUUACCAUUCCCAUAAUCCUAAUCAAAGGAGAUAAAAUUAAUCUUGAAGAUUAUGGAACAACUGUAAAAGAAAACAUUCUAAAUCAGGAAAACUUUAACGAUAUAAUCACUAUUAUGGCUGAACACUUGACACCCGAAAUGUUUAGACUAAUUCUUCAGUUUACCCAAACUUUUAUGGAAACUACAAGAAAAAAACUGUUGCUCGAGCGAAAUCACAGUCUAUCCACAGAAACCGUUCUAUAUCAGUUUCUGUUGUAUAUAAUGAAACAGCACUCCAAUUUGGACUAUAUUAAUAUCAAAAAUAAUUCCUCUGAUAUUCUAAGUCGCAUGCAAUAUUUUUUGGCUUCGACUAGUCCAAAUUCUCCACCAGAAUUUCUAACUAAAUGCACCAAAUGUAUUGGUUACUAUCGUGAGGUGCCUGUUUAAAAAGGAUGAUAUUAAAUAUUGUUACCUAAAUCUUCCAAAGAAUUUAUAGGAAAUUCUCUAUGUGAUGUUUGAUAAAGCCAUAUUAAAACUUGA